AUGGCGCUUUGGAGAGAAUUCGGCCAACAAUUGCGCCGCGCCGUGCCCAAGGCCACCGGAGAGCUGUGCCUGGCUCAAUCACGGAGAUACAUCAGUCGCUCACCGAAGACGGCAGGAGUCGCAAACUCGAGCCGGUGGAUGUCCGCACAGAAGAGCCUUCGAUCGUCAUCGCAUGGGUGGAAAUUGGCACAGCGCUCCUUCUCCGCCACAGCACAUGUUGCCCACGGGCACAUUACGCCGCCCAAGCCCGGCGAGGAGAUCAACAUCACAUUUGUUGAGAAAGACGGGAACGAAGUAAAAUUGCAGGUCGCGGCGGGUGACAACCUACUAGAUAUUGCGCAGGCGAACGACUUGGAGAUGGAAGGUGCCUGCGGUGGCUCUUGUGCCUGCUCGACCUGCCAUGUGAUCGUGGAAGACCCGGACAUGUUUGAUAAAAUGGGGGAGCCCUCAGAUGACGAGAACGACAUGUUGGAUCUGGCCUUUGGCUUGACCGAGACAUCCCGAUUAGGAUGCCAGGUGGUUGUGACCAAGGACAUGGAUGGAAUGGUUCUCAAGCUGCCUACGAUGACAAGGAAUCUCCAGGCGAGCGACUUUGAGUCGAAAUAA